AUGGUCGGCCCACUGGCGGUAAAAACAGUGCAGUGAAAAUGGCUGCCGCGGUAUCGUCGAGCCGUUUGUGCGAUAGCAACCCGGCAACUCCCGGAGCGCAGUCUAGCAGGGAAGACACAGAAGAGACUUCAAAUGAUGAUGCUGCAAGUCAGCCUGCCAAGCGCCGACGCAUGGGAUCUGGAGAUAGCUCAAAAAGCAGCGACACCGCUCAAGACUUCAGCUCAACCUAUUUUCCAGCAGAGAUGUUGACGGAGUAUAAAUGGCCAGGUGACGAUACAGGGGAGUAUUACAUGCUUCAGGAACAAGUUAGUGAAUACUUAGGUGUGACUUCAUUCAAGCGUAAAUAUCCAGAUCUGGAACGACGUGAUUUAUCGCACAAAGAGAAGCUUUAUCUCAGAGAGAUGAAUGUUAUCACAGAAACACAGUGCACCUUGGGCUUAACUGCUUUGAGAAGUGAUGAAGUUAUUGAUCUGAUGAUCAAGGAAUAUCCAACCAAGUAUGCUGAAUAUGCAGUGGUUCUCCAGGAAAGAGAGCGACAGCAGAUCACCGACCGAUACAAGGAAUAUUCGCAAUUGCAGUUGCAGAACACACAAAAGGUUGAGCCCAGUAAAGUUCCAGAGUACAUCAAGAAAGCUGCAAAGAAAGCCGCAGAGUUCAACAGCAAUUUCAACAGGGAGCGGAUGGAGGAAAGGCGGGCUUACUUUGACUUGCAGACACAGGUAAUCCAGGUGCCACAAGGGAAAUACAAAGUUCUUCCACCAGAGAGGACGAAGGUUGGGGCUUAUCCAGUUGCUCUUAUACCAGGUCAAUUUCAGGAAUAUUACAAAAGGUACUCUCCCAAUGAACUGCGUUACCUUCCUGUGAACACAGCCUUAUAUGAACCACCUUUGGACCCAGAACUGCCAGCUCCUGACAGUGACGGAGAUUCCGAUGAUGCAGAAGAUGGUCGUGGGGAAGAUGAGCGGAAAGAAGACAAAGGCUUCUCGGAUACAUCAUCUGGGAGCACGACAGGCGGUGAAAGUCCUACUGAACAUCAAGACGACUCAUCACAGGGAAAGCAGACACCAAAAGAAAGAGGACCACGGGCAUUGAAAGAUGCAAAACGCAGUGUAACACCCAAAUCAGUUACUGGGUACAAGCCUAAAAUCAUUCCAAAUGCAAUAUGUGGGAUUUGUCUAAAGGGUAGAGAAUCCAACAAGAAAAACAAACCUGAAGCACUCAUUCACUGCUCCCAGUGCGACAACAGUGGACAUCCGUCCUGUCUGGAUAUGUUUUCGGAGUUGGUGGCUGUAAUAAAAACCUAUCCGUGGCAGUGUAUGGAAUGCAAGACGUGCAUUGUGUGUGGUCAGCCACAUCACGAGGAGGAGAUGAUGUUCUGCGAUAAGUGUGACCGUGGGUAUCAUACCUUCUGCGUGGGAGUCUCCGCCAUCCCCUCAGGUCGUUGGAUUUGCGAUUGCUGUUCAAAUAUCCCUUCCACAACCAAGAAAGGGUCACGGAGAGGAAAGAGUAACAAAGAAGGUUAAAGGAUAGAAUCAGUCCAGGGAUGGUGGCCAUAUUAAAAUCCCCAAUUCAGUGUUGGUCAGUUAUCAAUGGCAGGUGCUUUCAUGUUGUCAAUGUGUUUUAUAAAUAUACUUUGUAAGGAAAUUAUUUUGAACUAAAUAAAAUAGCAGGAUGAAAUGGU